UACAAUAAACAAACAACAAAUUAAGAGAAAAACAGAGUGGAAAAUGAUAAGAAGAGAUGAUUCUGUUUGAGUGGAUUGAAGUUUGGAUUUGAAUAAAUUAGGCAAAGGAUAGAGGCAAGUGCGCAUUAACCCACCUCUCAAAUGCGUUACUUUACAAGAGUUUCAACCAAUAUUCUGACCAAAAUUCCCCAUUUCAUAGUAUGAAAUUUCCAAGUUCUCACAUUUUUCUUCUGGGUAUUAAAAUAGCAACAAAAAUCUCUUCCCUUUUCCUCUAUAAGCUUCAUUUGAUUCAUUCCCCAUGUUGUACACCUUUUGAUUUCUCCCUGCUCCCGCUUUCAACUUCACCCGCCCUCAAUUCUUUCCUUCUUCAACUUUCCUGUUUCAUUCGUGGGGAAGACGAGUCAACCGAUUUCUUUUAUCGUCUAUGAGUUUUCUGUAAUCGAGAAGUCGAUUGUCUUUCUUCUGUGUAAUUACUGAGUUUCUGAGUCUGAUGAUUCACAGUUGGAGAUGAAGCAUUUUGGAAAGAAACCAUUUUCAGUCUGAAUGACACUGCUACAACUCUAGCGGUGGGGUAAAGUGUGUUGGAAUUGUAUAUUGAACAGCAGAUCAGAGAUUGACUGCAGCAAAAGAGAAGAAAUUAACAGGUAAUAAGUAGGGAUGAAACAUUUUGAGAAUGGUGAAUCUGACUUGGAAGAGGGUAAAAUGGGAAAGGACAGAGACAAAGCAUUACGCAAUAACAGGGCAUUCAGAUUACAUAACCAGGCCUUAUUGUCUGGCCUUGCAUACUGCAUUUCUUCGUGCAGCAUGAUACUAGUAAACAAGCUUGUGCUUUCCAGUUAUGAUUUCAAUGCUGGGAUAUCAUUGAUGGUCUAUCAGAAUUUUAUAUCAGUGAGUAUUGUGACAAUAUUGAGUGUUAUGGGCAUUAUAUCCACGGAACCACUCACUUGGAGGCUGGUUAAAGUGUGGAUGCCUGUUAAUGUUAUCUUUGUUGGGAUGCUCAUUACUAGUAUCUUCAGUUUGAAAUACAUUAAUGUUGCUAUGGUCACAGUUCUGAAGAAUGUUACCAAUGUAAUAACGGCAGUUGGUGAAAUGUAUCUUUUUGGCAAGCAUCAUGACAACAGGGUCUGGGCUGCACUUUUUCUCAUGAUAAUCUCAGCAAUUACUGGGGGGCUUACUGAUCUAUCUUUUCAUGCGGUUGGAUAUGCGUGGCAAAUUAUCAACUGCUUCUUGACUGCAUCGUAUUCCCUAACUCUACGGAGGGUUAUGGAUACAGCAAAGCAGCUAACCAAAUCUGGAAACUUGAAUGAGUUCUCAAUGGUCCUCCUAAAUAACACUCUUUCUCUUCCUCUUGGGAUAUUUCUUGUUUUUGUGUUUAAUGAGAUUGAUUAUCUCUCAAGAACACCGCUUUUGAGAUUGCCGAUGUUCUGGUUGGUGAUUACGUUCAGUGGUGUUUUGGGUCUAGGAAUUAGUUUCACGUCCAUGUGGUUUCUCCAUCAAACUGGGGCAACAACGUACAGCCUAGUGGGUUCACUAAACAAGAUCCCUCUCUCUAUUGCUGGUAUCUUCCUUUUCAAGGUCCCUACAAGUGUGGAGAACUCGGCGAGUAUAUUUUUCGGGCUUUUGGCUGGUGUGUUUUUUGCGAGAGCCAAAAUUCGAGAGAGAAGUUAAUCCUUGGAAGUCAAAAGUGAUAUCUGAAAAAGAACUUAUCGUCGACCUCGUUCUUAUUGAACUACUGCUUGCUGAAGCUGGUUUGCAGUUGACUAUGAUUUGGAAUAGAAAAUGGAACCAUCUCUCAUUGCUGCGGUUCCUUUUUUUUCACUGAGGUGGUUUUCAGCUUUGUAAUUGGGAUGAAGCUGGAAAAAAUUCUGUUGAAAUCCAAUUUUGACUUUGCUUUGUUUGCUGUAUGGAAAGGAAAGACAAUGCAGAUCAUUGAUUGUUGUAGUUUCAUCUGUAAGUUGGAUGUUCUUUGUUGUUUUUCUGUCAUUUUUAAUGGUUGUAAUUACGGGACAUUCUCUAUUUGUAAAUGGGUUUGUCUAAUUAAAAAAAAAUUAAUUUUAUUCGUGCGUGAGUAUUCGAACUUUUCCCGAGAAAUCAUAGAACUCAGUUUUAAA